GAUUUAUAGUCAUGAUCGUGUCGAUAAAUAAAAACAUAAACGCUAUUUAGAUAAUAUUUAUAUUUCAUUAUAAAAUGCCUUACUGGAUUGCCGAAGGCCUUAAGGCGUGGUUCUAUGAUGCUCUCUGGUUCUAUGUAAAUCGUACAGGAAUGUAUGUAUGAAGAAAUAAUUCCGUGAUGUAGUUUGUAAAUAAAUUUUAAAGAUAUGAAUUUGAAUCAUUUAAUUAAUGUACGUCAUAGAUAGAAGCGAAAUGGCAAGCAAAACAGCAGAACUUCAGAAAUGCUUGAAAGUAACAUCUGAAGGAGGAAACUCAUUCCGCUUACUGACAAUUAAGGAGGAAAAUGGACGAAUGAAUUUAACGUUUGUUGAUGAAAAAGUCGUGGAUCAACUUGUUCCAUUGGUCAAGAAGGAAAUCAAGCAAGAGCCAGAAGAUAUUGAAGAAGAGCUAGAUACCGAAGAGGAUCAAGAAGAUGCCUUGUGCGAUGAGUCUGAGAAUGUGGCUGCUUCUGCGGAUGACAUGGUGUCAUCAUGCAGCAGCAUGUACGAUAGCAUUUCCAUCAAGGAUGAAGUUUUCAUAGAUACAUCUGAGGAGUUAUGCCCACAAGAUUCUGAUACGCGAAGCAACAUGUUGGUGCAGCACUUACUUACGCCGCCAAGAGAGGAGUUUACACUAGAUGAGGAGACACACUCAGAAAUGCUGAAGAAGGCAAAGAAGAACAGCCACAGUCUCCUUGUCAGCCUGCUCAAUGCGGGUGUCCUCCAACCUGGCACUCCACCCGAGAGCCCACCUGAUAGGCACCCAGCCAACCCACCAGAGAAACCUCCUGACUUUCUGUUGGCCAACCUGCUGAAGAGUCGUCCUGAAAAGAGCUCACCUAAUCUAGUGGCAAAUCCGCCUGAUUUGCGGUUGACAACUUUGCUGGACAGCCUCCCUGAAAAGCGCUUGCCUAAUCCAGUGGAGAAACCACCUGACUUAUGCUUGGCCAGUCUUUUGGGCAGCCGUCCUGAAAUGCGCUUGGCCAGUCUUUUGGGCGACCGUCCUGAAAAGAGCUUGGCAGACCCUCCGGUCAGCUAUCUUGAAAAGAACGCGGCCAACCCACAGGAGAGCAAUGCCGAACAACGCUUAGCCAACUUGUUGGAGUGCUCGCCUGAGAAGAAUGUGGCCAAACCUCUGGAAAGCCCGAGUGACAGGCGCUUGGCCAACCCACCCGAGAAGCCGUACCGUGGAGACCCACACGUCAUUGUCAACCACAGCAAGCACAGCCAAAAAGACGAACAGCAGCCGCUGGAUCUGACUCUCGGCACCGGUGUCGCUCGCAAGCGGCCGUGUGAGGUCGGCGAGACGGAAGACUCGGAUUGUGCUCCGACGCCCAACAAGUUAAACGUCUACAUCGACGACACUGGCCUUCACUCGCUCAUAUCCAGCAGCCGCGCCCUGCUUUCACUCUUCAACGAGCAGAGAAACAUCCAGCCACAGCUGCAAGAGCAGCAACAGCAACAGCAACAGCAACAGCACGAGCCACAGCAGCAGAUACCCGUCUUCGAUGUGCCAGAUGACAUGGACCCCACAGAUGUGGAGCUGGCAUUCACAGACGAGGUUCUGCUGUCAUUGUCGAUGCGCGACCUCAAUCGGAAACUGCGCCAGUUUCCUCGUGAUAUGGUGCUACGUCUCAAGCAGAGGCGGCGCAUGUUGAAGAAUCGUGGGUACGCACAGACGUGUCGCAGUCGUCGGCAGCAGCAGCGCUCUGAGCUCGAGGCAACCAUCCGGGAUCUGCAGAGCGAGUUAAGAGGUGUCAGAAUGGAGCUGGCCAGGGUCGUCAGGGAGUUGAACCAGUACAAGCAGGGUCACAUCUUCUCUUUGAAUAUUUUCCCAUCCCAAGUGAUGGUGCAGCCUGCAGUUUCUCACUGUGUAGAUGCAGCUUCAGAUGUGGCGAAAGAUCAUCCUGGCGGUCUGAGGCCACUUCCUUCUGUUGAUGAGAAUCGGGUGUCACCAAGCCAGGAGACGACUGCCAGCACAGGACUGCCCUCAUCUGUCCUGACUGGUCCCAGCGGUCGGAAAUCUGCAGUCGGCGGAGGUCACGAAGAACUUCCGGACGGCGGCGAGGUCCAUUCGACUUCUCCAUUUGCCACCCGAUGUCAUUCAGACACAAGUGCCAGUAGCAAAGGAUUUUCUUCCUCGGUCUGCACUCCGGAAAUGUCCGAGGAAAGUGGUGUCGAUCAGAAUUUAGACUCUGUGUCCGGCGAUGUAAGCAGUCGAGAUGGGUCGUCACCUCCUGGUAAAGUGAAAUCCCCUGACUUUAUCGGAAGAUUCUAUGACUUCUGCUUGCGCCGAACGGGGUCCCGCUUGUUUGUGGGUUCUGAGCAAAGCGAUUCCGACUCGCAAGAUGCUGUCCAGGUCCAGUCGCAGGGAAAAAGUAGCUCUGGUGCACCUGAUCCCGAAGUGAGCGAAAAUCCAGUUAACAUCGUGAAUCUCUCUGUCAGUGAAGUGGAAGGCAGUGGUGAAUUACCGGAUGAUAAUGAGACGUGUCAACGAGUUUCUUUGAAUUCGGGCAACAAUUCGCUUCUGAUUGUCUCGCCAAGCUUACAUGAAGAAAUUACUACCUCUGAUUCAUCAGACUCUAAUCUAGAAACUACGGGUAUUGUUAACUCAGACCCUCUAAGCGGUAUUUGAGUACUUGUGGUAAGAACAUUUGUGUAUGUCCAAAGUGAGACUAAUCUAAGCGUAAACGAUAAUGAAAGCUGUGUGCAAUUGUUAUUGUUAACAAAUUUUUUAAUUUAUUGCCAUCCAUUUCCAGCAUUUAAAAGCAUGAAGUAUAGAGAUUAAGGUUUGGUUCCACUGAAGUUUUUUUUAUGUAAGUUCUUUCAUGGUAUUUAGUAAAACCUGAAGUGUCAACAUUACAGAAUGUCAGUACUAAAAUGCAUAAGUUUUUCUGAACUAAAGUAAUUUUUACUUGUGUGUGAAAAUUCUGUUUGACAGUGACUAAGAUAUGUUCUCCUAGGAAGUCUAUAUUUUGUAAAUACAUAAUUACUUUUCUGUGAGUUUGCUUAAUGCUGUUGAAUCAAAAGUAAAUUAAGUAGAGAUCUUGUAAAUUUAUUGCAUACACACAUAGAGGAUUAUGAAUAUUUCUUUUAUCCUUCAAAUGCUUUCUUUCCUUUUAUAGUAACAAAGAACAUAAUGAAAUUAUGUUAUUUAACUUAAUUUCCAAGCUAUUUAAUUGAAAAUUCACCUGGUUCUGUUGUGGUAUAGAAUCACAUACCCAGGAUUCUGUUCAAAACUUCUGUUAUUUUCCCCCCUCCCCCCUAACUUUGAUAUACGCUCAUGAUUUGAGUAAUAUUUAAAGACGGGUGGUAAAGAAUAAAUUCAAUCAAAUUAAUAAAAAUUAACACAUGUAUACCAUUAAUAAAUAAAUUAAUAAAUAAAUUAAUAAAUUUUAGUUAAUGAAUUUAUAUUCUAUUUUAUUAAUUUAUAAUUAUUUAUUAAAUAAUUAUGUAAAAUUUUAUAAUAAAAAUAAAUUGUACAUAGGGAACCUAACCUCAUUUAAAUACACUUGAAAAAAUUUAUAAACACAAAUUUUAUUACUAAUAUUCACAGUAAAUAAAGGUGUUGAAUUAUAUGGACCAGUAUUCAAUAUCAGUCACUUAUGCAUUUGAUAUUUCAAAGUAAUCAAUUAUACAAACUUUCAUUGUAUUUUUUUUAUGAACUAAGUGUAAAUUCCUGCCUUCCUGAAAAGUACAUAAGAGCUAUAAUGUUAUCUCUGUUCACAUAAACAUCAUAAUGAUCAUAAUUGAAAUCUUUUUAAUGAUAAGUUUUGAUCCAAAUUCGAAAGAAUAUGUUUAUUCUGUAAGUAAAUUUUUCAAACCUUGUUGAAAUUAAAUUUCUUUGUUUCUAUUUUUAAUAUAUCAAUCUGUAAACUGUCAAAUUGCUUUGAAUGUGAUUCCAUUUAAUGUAACAGAACAUCACACUGACCAAUUGCCUGACAGGAAAUUAGUUGGUAAGAGCCUUAUACAUAAUUUUUGGUAUUCUUGGUUUUCUUUGCUGCUGUAGUGUGUACAACGUGUCUUAUUAGUCAGUACAUAUUUAUAUUUUGUGAUGGCAACUGUUAAUGGUUCAUGGUUAACUAAACACAAGUUAGCCCUGUAAUAUUUUUCUUUCUUUUUUUGUGUAUCUUUUUGCCACGUGUUAAUUGACUGGUUUAUGGCAUGUGAAAAUGAUGUAUUAUUUAUAAUCGUUGAGGGUAAAAUGUCUGUACAUUGCAUGGCUUUAUAAAAAGCCUAUAAGAAACUAAUAAUAUUAUUUGAAACUCAAGUACAUUUAUAGUUUUUUAAAAUUUUGGUCUGUUUCUUCCAGUAUCACUCAAAAACUAAUGAACAAAAAGAAUAAAAGGACAGUUAUUGAUGAUUUUUUUUGUUCCCUAAGGGGAAAAAAAUCGGUAAAUAAGGUUUUAUGCAAAAGAACAUAAUCUCCAGUCAAUGAAGCAAAAGUGAAGAUAUUGAGCAUGAUUAUUAAACAAACAAAACCCUCUAACUUAUUUUGUACCUUUUCUGAAAUUCCAUUCCUAUUGGGGGGGUAAAACGGAAUCCACUAUAAAAGGAGAUAAUAAACUUAAUAGAAAGGGUAUUAGAGACCCAUCUCAUCAGGGGUGUAUCUGUGGUAGUGAAGCGAGAUCAUAUGUGACUGAAAUUUUGAGCAGUUUUCAAAUCGCAUUGUUUUCACUGAAGCUCUGCACACUUGUGUGCCCAGGAAGGCGAGCUAGAUAAAAGUAUGUGAUGUCAUUUUUUAAUUUUUUAAAAUUUUUUCUGCUAAAAUGAGACUAAAAUGUGGCCGAUGGAAUAAUUUAUAUUCAAAAUAAGUAUAUGUGUAUUUUACAAUUUUUCUAAAUUUCGUUUCAUGGCAUGGGAAGGAAGCGAGUGUGAUUUUAUCAAGGCUAAAUAUAUCUCAGAAUUCACUAAAACGAGAGGUAGUAAAUUUAUAUAAUAUGUUAAAAAUAUACAGGCUUAUAUACAUUACCAGUAUUUAUUUUCCAACCCUUAAUAGUUUUGUAAUGAGUAAAAACUUGUAGUGCAGGCAUUUUAUUGGGUUAUUUUAUUGCACAUAAUUAUUUUGCCAUUUUACAGUAUUUUGUGUGAGCGAAACCACGGGUGGUAAGCUAGUUACAUAGGUAGAAAUUAAUUACUUUUAAGACAUUGAGAACUCCAUUUUUUAUAAAUAAGAUACCAAACCUUAAAGCAGAUGUGAAAACAAGGAAUUAUAUUUUUCUAUUUUCUUGAACUGACUGGGUGUAUAUUUGGCACUGUUUAAAUUAUGUACUGUUACAAAGGAGAUUAAUGAUUGAUAUUUUAAGUGAUUGUUUAACCAUGAACCAACUGUAGCCACUGAAAAGUGCUUAGCGCCUGGCUCGUCUCACUGUUACAAUACUAGAGUUCGCUGCUCUCUAAUGUAAAUAAACUUUACUGUAGAUACGACCACCAAGGACUGUAUUGUUUACCCAGUGUUAUUUAUUCCAUAUGAAAAAAUUUGUACUUUUGUUGUGUAUAUAAUGUGUUAUUUAGCAUAAUGAAAAGUCUCGCAUCAUAUCUGUGUGUGCAGUGUACAAGGUAUUAAGUUUUAGAAAUUUUCUCAGGCAGUAACAUGUUUCGGAUGUGUAACAUCUUAGCUCUUAAGUAUAUGUUAUUCGGUGGGAGCAAUUUCGUGAGUGCGACAGAAAUGUGUAGCAGGAAGUAGGGAGAAGCAUUGUUAGAUAACAAUGCAAAAAAUUAUUAUAUUUAAAGCUUUUUCUUUUAUUGUGUAACAUCAAACCACCAGUGUUGUACAUAUUACAACAUUCCCAGGGACUACUCAACUACAUACUUAGAUGCACAACUUGUUUACAUCACUCUCAUGAGGUGCAAGUUUUUUUUUUUUCCUACUGCUAACCCUUUUUAUUUACAAAACAUUUUGCAUCUUAGUGGAGAAAUGUGUUGUUUUGAUGUUAUAACUUUUUUUCUAGUUAAAAUGUUUUUAUUUUCAUUAUAUUAUGUUAUUUCUAUCAUGUAUGCUUUUGUACAUGUUUUUACCCAUAAAAGUAUUGUUGUUGAGUUGUGUAUGCCUGUUAGUACAUAAUAUGCCAGCAAUUCAUGUGAACACAUACUAGUGACAGCAACUUUGAAGGCUGGAAAUGGAUUGCAAAUAAGCCUGCAAAUGAAAACAGCCUCACACCAAGUUCUUCCUGUGAGAUUGUGUGACUUUAAACCUUUCUUUUGUAGGUUAUGUAUCAUAUAGUAUUAAUUACAGUACUAAUAAAUAGUGAAGAUCUUUAACCAAGUACACUAUUUGAAAUGAAAAAUUUGUACAUAUAAUUUUAUAUAUAUUAUCUUCAAAGAAGAGUUAUUUACAAUAGUACAAUCGUCGUUUAUAUAUUUUUGCCAGCAUGGAAUAUUUACAAUUUGCUUUUAAUUGCCUAAUUUUUUUUAAUGAAGUGUUUUUUAUAUUUGAAACACUUUUGUGUUUUGAUAGUGUAAUGCAUGUUUUGAAAAGAUAUUAUGGUUAUGGAUCUGUAAUGAAUUCAGUAGACACUUGCAGUUUGUAUCAAAUUUAUGUUGUUGACAAGAAAGAAAUGAAACUACUAAAUGUUUGCACUGAUCUUCCUGUUAUUAUUUUUUGUUUGUUUUUAGUGUAGUUCUCCCUUAAUUUAUCAUAUUAAUUAAAUUAGUAUAGUUUUAGAAUACUUUGAAUAGGUACUGUAAAACCUCUUAAGAAAAUUCUCACGGUACUUAGAAAUUUAAACUUAUUAUGCAGGAAAUUUUUUGAAGUGGUAUUUUCUAAAAAGGUUUUUCUGUAUUGUUAACAUGUUUCUAUAAAAAAAUUUGUUAAAUGUGAUUUUUCAGUUAUUUGGAUAUAUGAUACUGACAAACUAUAAAAAUGUCAAAGAUGUAACAGAAAAUAUAAUUUAACAGGGAAUGUUAGUGUUAUUAUAUUUGUUAACAUGAGCCGAAAAAGUCAUAGCUAAUGCAGUAUUGCGUUGUUGCUGCAGCAGGGGUGAACAAUGGUUUUUAAAGUUGGGAAAACAAUAUUUUAGGUAUCAAAAUUUGCGUAUUGGUAAAUGUUCUUCGAAUUUUGAAGAUCCAUAAUUUAAGUGUUCAUUAACCGAUUACCAUUUUAAGUGAUCUGAAAUGACAUUAAACAUGAAAGUUCAAAAGUGUAAUUUUUUUGCAGUCAGUCCCGUAUAACUACUAAUAACAAUACCACAUUAAGAUAAAUCUUUUAAUAUACUCUAAUCCCAUACUUCAUCUGCGUUCCCUUCUCAUUGGUUUGCAUGGUCCUUGAAAUAAAUUAAUAUUUGUUAACAUGUAAGCAAUUUGGAAAUGCCCACCUUAGUAGUAAACCUACACGCAUGGUCUCUACAUCGGCCCCCUUCCGUGUUCACUGUUCCCUCUCCAACUUCCCCGCCCCUGCUUGCAUGGCCGGAGGAAGCAAGCCAGCAGUAACGAUAACGGAAACAAAGCAUUCGAUUAAUGUAGGUGGCUGUCUGUUAUCUUGCGACGUGACGUCGGUGGAGGGUGAGAUGCAGAAUUCAGCGCUGACUUACUGUAUUUAUAAAAUGCUUGACGCACGUGUAAAAAUGUUUUGUUCGAAAAACAAAUAACACUUUCAAUUGUAUGUUAGACCAAGGACCAGGGAUCUCUUAAGAAAGGACACACACAUGUUUUAAUAAUGGCACUUUAUUUCCCAAAAUGGUUUAUGCUACACUUACAGUGUACUCCAGGGGACAUUGCUGGCCCCAUGUAAGAUCUACCUGCAUGGAAUUUUAGCAGAUGCUCCCCGCCACCUGCUUGCGUCUUCUAGCGACCCGGUUCUCGGCCGUGCCUUGGGACGAGCCUGUGUGUCGCACACUUGCUGCGAGAGAUGACCACACCAGAUCACAGCCUCUGUUACAGUUCUCGCGUGCUUGCGGCAAGCGCCAGCUCAAGACUGACUGCGACACACGACAUUUUUUAAUGUGUGUCUGGUUUACUAUUUGCAUAAACUGCUGUAUCAGCUUUUAUUUCAAAGAAGGCUCAAUUGCUGACUGAUUUUGAUUGUCUCCAUGAAUAUAAAGGACAUAGUUUAGGUUUAAGAGAAUCUUCAAAUUUUUAUUAAUUAAAAUAUACUGAAAAUAAAUUUGGCUUUAAAGUUAUCUAAUGUUAUAUUUACUUUUUAAUACUAAAUCCAGGAGGAAGUUUUGUUGGUACAGUAUAUAUACAGUGAACUAAUUGAUAAAUUUUGCUGCACUGACAAAUACAUGUGCGAAUUCCUUAUAUUUUCUUUCCAUCACUACAGUGGUAGGUACAUACAAUUAUUUUAAACUACUGUUUUUUUUCUGUACCAUUACAAGGACAUUAUAUCAAUAGGAAAUAGCUCAACUUAAAUUGUUGUGUGUUAGAAGGAAACUUCCAACUGUAAAUGCUAUUGUUCAAACUAAUCACUAAAAGGUAAUAAGUGGUAACUUAGACCAAAGCUUAGAUCUUUCUUUCCCUUACAGUAGCUUGUGUUGAAAUUAUUUUUCUCUGUUACUAUGGCAAUUGUGCCAUCUGUUAGAAUAAACAUUUUGUUGCAAAUUUUCAGUUUUUAUGAGACUUAGCAUGUAGUUUAACUGUUGGUGUAAUGUUUGCUUAAAAAUAGAUAUUAAUUACAGUCCAGUGGUGGUAUAGGAAGAUAAGCAUAUUUUGAGAGUGAAUUGCAGCCAAGCGUUAAAGAAAAAAAAUUUUUUAAGUAGUUAUUAAAUUUAUUUUAUGAUUGCACAGUACUUAAUUGGUUGAUAAUGUAGCAUCAUGAAAGUGGUCCUAUAAAACCAUCCAGCUUAGGUAACUUUUUUAGUUUAUAAGCUUGCAUAAAUCUUGAUUGACAGAACUUUUACAAGUGGUUGAGCACUACCGUUUUCCAUAUGCAUCUGGUGUGACAGUCAGCAAGAGCUUCGAGAGAAAAACGCUCGCUUAACAUCUAAUAAGCGUUGCCACAGCACUUUAUAUUCUUUUGUUUACAGCUAGAAAUGACAUUGAUAGAUGCAGCAAAAUUAUAAUGAUUUUGCAUAUUUUUGCGAGUAUUACAGUGUGUAUAGAUGAUGAUGGGAUCUAGUG